UUCGUCUCCAGAUAAGGGUCAAAGUCACUUACGCCUCCGCCGCCGAAAUUUAUAGUCAGUAGGUUGCGCUUGACGCUAGCGCCCGUAGCCGAUCCUCCUCCACCUACGCCUCCGCCGCCGCGGCGCCACCGCCGGUGCUCCUCUCCCCCUGAUGGACUCGCUCUGCUGGAUCUAUCACAUCCCUCUUCAACUGGCCACGUUGCGUCCCCAUCCCGCUUCCUUGUCGUUCUAUUCCGCCGGCUCAAAGCCCUUCUCCAUCUCUCCCCCCAAACCCUUCUCCUCCACGUCCUCGCCACACAGGCCCCUUCCCAUUCUCUCCAUUCGGGCCUCCGUCUCCCCCACUAAGCCUACCCCUUCUCCCAUUCCUUCCCUGCUCAGAUCCAUUUCCACCGCGGCCGCCGUCUCCGCCGCCCUCUUUCUCUUCCGCCUCCGAAACCCCGCGUUCGCCGCCGCUUAUAUCCCUCCCGCUGCAUCCGAGGAUGUAAGGUUCCAAACCCUCUCCUCCUCCAAACGCUCGAAAAUCCCAUUCGAAGGCGAUCGAGAGCGUGCCCUCGAGCAGCGCUUGGCCUCCCAUCCCGACGACGUCGAGUCCCUCCGCUCCCUCAUGGAGAUUAAGAUCAGUGCGCAGAAGCUCGUCGAGGCAAUCGGGAUCGUCGAUCGUAUGAUAGCCCUCGAGCCCGAGGAUGCAGAUCUCCAGUUGCUCAAGGCUCACCUAAAGAGCAACAACGGAGAGGCGGGGACCGCGAGGAUGUUGUACGAGGAACUCCUGGAGAAAGACCCCUUUCUCGUAGAAGCCUAUCAUGGGCUUUUCAUGUCGGCUUCGCAGUCCGACGACGACGAUGAUAUCGACGAUGUUUUGAGGAGGAUUGAAGGUGCCAUGGAGUUGUGCAAGAAACACAACAGAACCGAACAAUUGAGGGAUUUUAAAUUGCUGAUUGCGCAGAUUAACAUUAUUGAAGGGAAUUAUGAAGAUUCGCUUGAGAUUUACCAAGAAUUGGCAGAAGAGCAGCCGAGUGAUUUUCGACCUUACCUGGGUCAGGGGAUUGUCUAUACUUUGUUGAGGAAGAAGGAUGAGGCGGAGAAACACUUCAGGAAGUAUCGGAGUCUCCUUCCAAAGGAUAAUCCUUAUGCAAAACUAUUUGAAGAUAACGUGACUGCAGUGAAGUAUUUUCAGCAAAUGCAAGAGCAAAAGGGAAAAACUGCAUUGAAGAGUUAAGGUCAUUGAUGAUUCUGAGGAUACCAUAUGAAGCAAGGUCGAGAAUUUGAUUUGGUUCUUGCCACAAUAUUGUUGCACCAUGGUUAUCAGGCCAGCUAUGCCAUUAGGUUUGUUUGAUUCAUUUGCCUUAUCAGCAGCAGCACCGCGUGAGGCUGUGUUGCGCUUCACUUAGUGCCGUUACUCCAGCACUCUAACACUGGAAAAUAGAGAGAGGAAAGAACUUUGUCUAGUUAAAUAUCAAGCUAACAAUAUGUAAGCAAGUUGUAAGCUUCAACUGCUUGAUCUUGACCAUGUGCAUCUUUCUUGUCAGUCAGCUCUGUUUAAUUUAAUGUCAUCAAUAACACCAACAGAAGCAUUUUAUAAUUUAACAUGUCCGAGGCAUAACUUUGUUUCUGACAUCUAAUUGAAGAUUCAGUGA